AUAAGUACCCCCUACUCAUUCCAACAUAACUUACAAACUUCUCAUAACAAACACUCUAACACAAUUUCAAGAGCUAAACUAACUCAUCAUUGUUUCCUAAUGGCACCUCAUGGAGAGUCUCUUGUUAGCUCCUACACACGUUCAAGCCCGGCUCUGAAACCGCCUAGAGCGGUUUCAUUGUCAGAGUCUACUGGCCUCAAACGAAGCGUUUCUGACGCCUCGUUUGAGCUCAGCAAGGCGGAUAAAAAUGCAGACAUGGGGACACUGGCCCCGGUUUCUGAAGUGGAGGAUGCGAGGUGUGAGUGUUGUGACAUGAUAGAAGAGUGCACACUGGAGUACAUAGAGCGGAUACGCGAGAAGUUCUUGGGGAAGUGGAUUUGUGGAUUGUGUGCAGAGGCAGUGAAGGAGGAGAUGGAUAAAAAUGGAGGGAAAAGAGAAGAGGCAUUGAGUAGUCAUAUGAGUGCUUGUGUGAGGUUUAACAAGUUUGGGAGAGCGUACCCGGUUUUGUACCAAGCGCAGGCCAUGAGGGAGAUCUUGAAGAAGGCUAGAGCAGAAGGCAGAGGAGUCAGAGCUAAGUCCAUGAAUUACCGGAACAAUGGAGGGCCUAAGAAAGGAAGCAUUACGAGGAGCUCGAGCUGCAUUCCAGCCAUUACCAGAGAGAUGAAUGACCUGCAAGUAGCCAAAUGAUCAAGCACACAACUAAAAUACCACAUAUAUGAAUGUUUUCGUCUUCCCUUCCUUUAAAAUGUGACUUUCAUUAACGGCCUAAAGCUUUAACAAGCUUUAGGCCAUUCGACACACCAAAACUCUGUACCUGUUUGUGUUUUUUCUAUGUCUCGCGCUUCACAGAUGCUUGUGUAUGCAUCUGUGAGCACGAACAUAAGUGAAUCAGAGGGUUUUUACUUGUAUCCAACCAUCUAUGUUGAAAACCUCGAUCAUGCAAACAUUUCUAUCUAUAUAUGUCACCCUUUGUUUUUU